AUGGUUUUCACCAAUGCUUUCCUCACUCCUUCAUUCGCCCUACACGGUGGUAGGGUUUCCGAUUCGCGCUCCAUUCCUCUCCCAUCUCCUCCAUCCGACGUCGUCUUCCGCUCCCCAACCUCCGUCUUCAGGAACAAGAACGUUCUAUAUGCUUCUGCUUAUGAUGUGAAUGCAGCUGGUUCUGCUUCACUGCUUUUAUUAAUUAUUCAUUACAUAUGCCCUGAUCCUCUUCUAUGUAAAAAUAUUUUUGAUUGGUUAAUUCUUACUGUGCAGAAAUCCGGUGACAAUCCUGAUACUGUUCCUAUGCCAAUGGUUCUAAUAGAUCAAGACUCAGAUUCUGAAGCAACAAUUGUGCAGCUUAGUUUUGGGGAUCGCCUUGGAGCUCUUCUCGACACGAUGAAAGCAUUAAAAGAUCUGGGACUGGAUGUUUCGAAGGGAACUGUCUCCACAGAGGGAUUAGUCAAGCAAACAAAAUUUUUCAUUACACAAUCAGAUACUGGGCGCAAAGUUGAAGAUCCUGAUAUGUUAGAGAGAAUUCGACUUACCAUUAUUAACAAUCUGUUAAAAUAUCAUCCUGAGUCAAGUGAACUACUAGCCAUGGGUGAAGUGUUUGGCAUAAAGGCUCCUAAGAAAAAGUGCAAUGAGGAUAUCAAAACUCAUAUACAAGUUAAGGAAGAUGGACCCAAGAGGAGCUUGCUGUAUAUAGAGACAGCAGAUAAGCCGGGAUUGCUUGUUGAAAUCAUCAAAGUCAUUGCAGAUGUGAACAUUGAUGUUGAAUCGGCUGAGAUUGAUACAGAAGGUUUGGUUGCUAAGGAUAAAUUUCAUGUCAGUUACGGUGGGGCUGCAUUGAACAGUUCGAUGUCCCAGGUUUUGGUGAAUUGUCUUCGUUACUACCUGCGGACGCCAGAGACAGAUAUUGAUAGUUACUGA